UUGAAAGCUGCUAAUAAAGAAGAAAAUAAUAUUAAUCUCCCAAGUAUUCUCAAACUUAUUAAUUUUUGAAAGAGCAACAAUGGCCUCAUCAUCAGCGGACUUGAAGAAGAAGAUAACCCUAAAGAGCUCCGACGACGAGAUGUUCGAGGUGGAAGAGGCGAUUGCCAUGGAGUCGCAGACCAUCAAGCACAUGGUGGAGGACGGGUGCGCCGGCAAUGCCAUUCCUUUGCCAAAUGUGACGAGCGCCAUCCUUGCGAAGGUCAUCGAGUACUGCAGGAAGCAUAGUGAAGAUGAGGGGGCUACUGCGGCUGACGGCGAGAAGAAUGUCAAGGAGUGGGACGCCGAGUUCAUGAAGAUCGACCAGAACACUCUCUAUGACCUAAUAAUGGCGGCAAACUAUCUCGACAUCAAGGGCCUGCUUGACCUGACGUGUCAGACUGUGGCGGACAUGAUCAAGGGGAAGACACCUGAACAGAUUCGCACGACCUUAAACAUCAAGAACGAUUUCACUCCAGAGGAAGAAGAAAAGAUUCGUAGGGAGAACCAGUGGGCUUUCGAGUGAAUUGUGAUUAUUUAACGACAUUAAUUUCAUCAUGUUUAAUUAGUUUCUUCUACUUAAUUGGAUAGGCUUAAGCUUAC